GACGUCACUACGGACGGGUGGGGUUUCCGUGUUCCAUGUUGGUAGCCGCACAGGGUUUUCCUCCGUCAGAGAGCAAAGAAGCAAGCUGCGAAGAUUAUUCUGUUGCGCUCCAAAUAGGGGACGGGGUCACAGCUGUAUUGUAUAUUCAGUCUACACGCAUAUAUAUAGUCCAUUGAUAUUUUAGGAAUGGUUUCAGGUCGCGUAUUGGCGGCUGAGAUGAAAUAGCCUAGACAAAACGAGGACUUCAACCCGCCCAAAGCAAUCGAUCAAUGCGCAUCGCCACUCACGGGAGAAGACUCACAACGGGUACCAGAAAACGGUCUCAUACUACCCCGAGACAGUUGAUUGAGAGAGUGAGAGACACACACAGAAGAGAAGAGGAGAAGAAAAGUGAGAAAAAGGACUACAGAAGAAAAUUGGACCAGAGCAAAACCACCAAGAAGGAUUUAAGACAUUUUGAAUAACCCCCAAAAGUUGUUCUAUACAUUUUACAACGUUCCUCAAUGUUUUUUUUUCCACCUCGUUUGAAUUGAGAACCAUUUACUAAGGAGUGACAGUGACGUUUCCUGUUGUAUUCAUUCUCCUCUUUGUGGUUUACAGUAACAGUUUACUGUAAUUUUGGACCCCUAUGUUGGUUUGGACGAAAGCACACCUGUGACUUUUCUCACAUUCUUGAUUUGGAGCAACUGAGUGUGAGAGGUGUGAAAGCCAGCGGGAGGGAAGGGGAAUUUUGGCUAUUUGUGUCUUUCUCUUUCUCUUUUGUCUUCUCACCUAUCGUUCCAUUUGUGGGUUUAAGAGGAAGAGGGAAAAGGGUUUACAACUGGGUAUCAGAGACAUUCCGUUCUGGUUUCACCCGAGCACAAGUACUCCCGUGUGUGAGUGUGUUUGUGUUAGUGUGUGUGAGGCAAGCUUCCUCACGGUGAUAUAAGACUAAUAAGGGCGGAAAAGGAAAGAAGCUUCCGUGUGUCACUUUCUGGGAAAAUGGGAUCGGAAAAGGACUCGGAAUCCCCCCACUCCUCGGUGAGCGGCAUUCCCAACCCCAAAUGCCGGGCACCGAGAAAACGCCAAGGACGCAUCUCCUUCCACAGCCUCUUCCACAGCAAACGGGGUUCCCGGAGCGCCAAAGCAGGGGCAGCCACCCCUUUAUCCCAGCUCCACAACCAACAGCAUCAACAACAGCAACUCUCCCCCCUUGUUCCCCCUGUAGUCCCUUCCACCCCCACACCCGACCCAGCCCCGACCAACACCGCCACGGACGUUCCCCAGGGCCCAGCCACCGCUCAGACCUCCACCCCAGCAGAGCCCCUCUCUUCCAGCCGGACCUCCCUGGGUCCCCCCCAGUCCUCCAGCUCCACCACCUCCAGCUCCUCUCCUCCAGCAGACUUCCUGGAGUGCCCCCUGUGCCUGGUGUCCCAGCCCGAACAGCUCCCCGAGCUGCUGGGCUGCAGCCACCGCUCCUGCCUGUGUUGCCUGCGCCAGUACCUGCGCAUCGAGAUCACGGAGAGCCGCGUCCAUCUCAGCUGCCCCGAGUGCUCGGAGCGCCUGGCGCCUCAUCAGGUGGCGGACAUCUUGGGCGACGCAGCCCUGCUGGAGAAGUAUGAGGAGUUCCUGCUGCGACGCUGCCUGGCCUCCGACCCGGACUGCCGCUGGUGUCCCGCGCCCGACUGCGGGUUUGCAGUGAUCGCUUCGGGCUGUGCCAGCUGCCCCAGGCUGGUGUGUCGUAGAGAGGGCUGCUUGGCUGAGUUCUGUUACCACUGCAAGCAGGCGUGGCACCCCAACCAGACCUGUGACUCGGCCCGUCAGCAAAGGGCAUUCUUCCUGCACCCGCAUAGCAACCACUCACCCAGCUACAUGCAGGAGCACGGGCCUGCUGAUGACAUCAAGCCCUGCCCACGAUGUGGCGCCUACAUAAUCAAGAUGAACGACGGCAGCUGUAACCACAUGACCUGUGCAGUGUGUGGUUGUGAGUUCUGCUGGCUCUGCAUGAAGGAGAUCUCUGACCUGCACUACCUCAGUCCGUCGGGGUGCACGUUCUGGGGAAAGAAGCCAUGGACCCGUAAGAAGAAGAUCCUGUGGCAGCUGGGCACUCUGAUCGGAGCCCCGGUGGGCAUCACCCUCAUCGCUGGUAUCGCUGUGCCUGCCAUGGUCAUUGGCCUCCCCGUCUAUGUGGGGCGCAAGAUUCACGCCCAUUAUGACGGGAUGAAGACCAAUCGCCACAGGAGGAACCUGGCCAUCACAGGGGGAGUGGCCCUGUCAAUCGUCACAGCUCCUGUGAUUGCAGCCGUCAGCGUGGGUAUUGGUGUGCCCAUCAUGUUGGCGUAUGUCUAUGGAGUUGUGCCCAUCUCUCUGUGCCGCGGAGGAGGCUGUGGCGUCAGCCGAGGAAAGGGGCGUGGCAUGCGAAUCGACUUUGACGAGGACGAUGGCCCUAUCACAGUGGCUGAUGCUUGGCGGGCCCUCAAGUCCCCCAGCCUGGGUGAGAGCAGCCUGGAGGGGGCAGCCAGCGGCCUCAGCACCACCUCCCCCAGCGAUGGUCUCUCUGUGGCCCCUGGGGCCCUGGGGGACACCCCCCACUUUAACACUUUGGCCGGGGGCGCCCUUGGAGCCAGGACUGGCAAAUACAACAGGUUGGAGCUCCAGGGAGGGGAGCUGGGGAAGGACGGUGCCCAGAGAGAGACAGGUAGUCUGGGAGCGGGUAGUGACUGUGCCAGCACCCGGGGCAUGGCAGGCUCCAUUAUCUCCUCCUACACACUACCUGACAGGGACUGUAAUAACCUGGAGAUCCAGGUGGACAUCGAGACCAAACCCAGCCACCUCUGCUUGACCAGUGAGGAAGACCUAAACACGCCCCCUGCUGCUAUGACAGCAUGCCCUGGCUCAGGGGGGGAGGAGCCUCAGGACUGCAGCUCCAGAAGGGGCGGGGCUCUGUUUGGCUCAGCACUAGGCCUGUCUCCAGGGGCGUCGCUCAGGGAGGGGCUUCGCGAUGUCACUUUGGCCCAGCCCGAGAGCAUCCGCAGCGACCUGGAGAUGUCCGAUACCCAAUCAGACGACAUCGCCGAGCUGACGUCAGACGACUGUGAUUCGCCUCAUCUCAAAAGCUGCCGGCCCUCUCAACCCCAGGCCACCUGCAGACCCCUUGUCACCUCCGACAGCCUGCACUGUCCCCCGGAUAACGUCAUCCUCUAUGUUUAAGAGUCCGACUGUCUUUGAGAGCUCUCUAAGAUUGCACAAAUCCAAAAUGUUUUUGUUUUAGUUUUUCUCCAUUGAUUGAUUGAGCGUUUCAGUCAUUUUUUUUGCUGCUUUUUUUGUUUACAAAACAUCUGACCUGCAGACAACACCUAUCUACAUGUGUAUGUCUUUCUAUCAACAUGUCGAUCUCCUUGCAGAGAAUUGGCAGGGUUCUACCUCUCUGAGAUUUAAUACAACAAUUUUUGUUUACUUCUUGGUGCAAAAAUGCCUUGGCUACUUAAGCAAACUUUUUUUUUUAAACAAGAUGUACAAAUUUGCCACAAGAAAUACUGCAAAAAAAAGGAAACAAGGUGAAAUGUCACCAAGCACACCAAUGAGUGAAGGUUUGUGGGGAAUAGGGUUUGUACUAUGGAAAGGGGAUGUUUUUAGGGAUGUGUGAGUGUGGCAUUUGUACUGGACUUUGUAGGCUUGAAUUCCAAUUUUUUUCUAUUUAUAAUUGAAUGAUCUUGAAUGAUCUUGAAAUUGAAUUAUUUGCUGUGUCCAUGAGUCUGCAUGAACUGCAUUUUGUAUGGGUGUAUAGGCCUACAAGCAUAAUACGUACCUAAUACACUGGUGGAGUUUACAGUAGUUUGUACAGAAACAUGACUUUUAGAUGUGAUCUGCACUUGAAUCUCAGCUGCACAGAGAAGAAGAAAUUAGGGGUUAAUGAGAUCCGAUGCCGUGGAAGAUGGACAAGUACUGAACCAGCAGACAGUUCCACUUGAAUGACUGACUGCCUGCCUUACAGACACUGACGAACACUGGCUUUCUGACAUGCUAGCUGUCUGACCCACUCGAUUGGUGUGUGUGUGUGUGUGUGUGUGUGUGUGUGUGUGUGUGUGUGUGUGUGUGUGUGUGUGUGUGUGUGUGUGUGUGUGUGUGUGUGUGUGUGUGUGUGUGUGUGUGUGUGUGUGUGUGUGUGUGUGUGUGUGUGUGUGUGUGUGUGUGUGUGAGAGAGAGAGAGAUUGAAAGUGUGUGCUACUCACUCACGAAGACCUAUAACGACACAAUAUACAUUUUCAGUAGAAAAUGAUAGUAGAAUGGAAGGACUUCUUGUGAUUGUAUUUGUUUGUCCCACUAUCGAGUGAAUUUACGAAUGAGCACUUGUGCACUUUAUUUAAAUAUUCAGCUUUUUUUUUGCUAUUCAUUGUCAAGUUUUCGUCCAUUGCUUAAAAUCACACUUGUACAAUCAUAGCCAAAUGUUGAUUAUCAGAAACCUUUUUACAGUGUAACGACAUUUUGCAGACUCAUUUUAUUUCCUUCAAGAAUAAUUACUUGAGCUUAUUUUCGCUGUUUACAAACCAUGUGCUUCAGUUUCAGUUCUUAAAGAUAUCCCCAUUUACCAUAGACAUCAUGAGAAAUCUCUAUAUGGGAACAUUGUUUCACUUCAAAUAAGCUUUAUUGGGUCAAAUCAUACGAUUGAUCAGAGCUUAGUAUGGUAUGUUGAUGUAAUUCAGUUUUGGCUUAUUUCUGCCAAUGAGAAACCACAUGAAUGUACCAUGGAUUGAAACAGAACUUCCUAAAUAUGAAAGGAGGAUUUACCAUUAAUAACACACCUAGAUGUGGCGAUUUUAGCAUGUAAAUCUUGGUGGGGCAAACUCCCAAUUUUUUUUUAGAUGCUUGCCAGCAAAGCUACUACACAACACUAAACAAUACAUUAAUAGCACUAUAAUGGUGACAAACAGUGCCCACAAACUGUAAGGGCCUAUAUAAAGCUGUCCCAACAGCAAAGCUUUCUUUUCAGCACCAUGGAGUGAAUCCUUACCACUGCUCCACCUGGCUAUCAGCAGAGCCUUGUCUGGCAGCGAAACAGUUCAUUCAGCCUCUUAAAAAAACAUAGCUGAUAUGGCUGACUUGCUUAAACUAAUGUGGUUUCUUCUGACAAUUAAGAUGUACAAACUAUGGCAUAAGGGGACGACGAGCGAAUAAGAGGCAAUCUGUAAUUUUGAUUAAGACAUUGAUGAGCGAGCUCAUACGGACGUAGUCAAUUUAACUGCUUGUUAUGUACAUUUGAAAUGUACAGCUACAGAAUUCAAAACAGAGUCCGUUCUUACAGUAUUCUCCCUGUACACCAAGUCAGAACUGUAGGAUAAAUAAAGAGGGCAUAUAAGCAGACAAUGAAAGCUCUUACAAUAUUCAAUGAUUACAUGUAUCUAAAACAGGCUAUAGGCUAUAUGUGCACCACCAAGUCAGAACAGUAGGCUAAGUUAUGAGGGGGAAAGGGACCAAGGAAGGUGGCACAGCAUUCCUCAUCAAACUUUGUCAUCAAAGUCUGGUAUUCUCUGGAUUUAUGGUGCUUUUGAGACAACUGGGAACUCUGGGGAAAAAAAGUUUGAAUCCUGACCUCCAGUGAUCUUCCAAUUGGAGCUCUAGAAAGAGGCCUGGGUUCGCGACUUGGAAUUUUAGGUUUGAUGACCAUUCAAAACACAUUUUUCCAGUUGAAGAUAGUUUUUUUAAACUCACUUUUUGAGUUACUUUUGAACUCACUGAAGUCUGAGAUUUCCCAGUUCUGAGUUUCCAGUUGUUUUGAAUGUGGCAGAAGUCUUGCUGGAUUGACAGCAUGAAUGUUUAUCCUUUUAAAGAGACCCUUAAACCCAGACAUGGACCACACACCCACUCCACUGAAUAGCAGGCUAGUGAUUGCUUUGCAACGCUUGCAGUUAGCCACUGAUUCAUUCCAAAUCACUCAUUGUUGAAUUUGCGACUUGUGUAAUAUGUCCAACUUGUGUAAUAUUUAUGCCCAAUCGCAGAUGAGCACCGAUACGUUUUAUCUAUAAUUUCUCUUCAUAUGACAAGGAUUGAAAAGGAUUUGCCAGUAGAUUGUCAAUGUGAUUCAUGAUGAUGACUGCUUGACUAGCUUGCUAGCUAAGAUUUUGAAAGUAUGAUGUUGACAUGAUCAGUCCACUCAAAGCUACGGUAGAUAUAAAGAGAUUUGACAAUUUUAUCUGUGGCCAAUGACCUUGAGCUUUUUUGGAUGGGCACUUCUAAUGUAACUCUAAGGCCGCACCCGAGGGGCUUGAAUUUUUUAGCUCUACCCGUCGAUUUUUCAGUGAUAUAGUGUCCCCAUGAGUGACAGAACACUGAGCCAGUCACGGCGCAACUAGAGAACAUUACCAACCCCUACGCUCCGUAUUUUCCGCUGGCUGCCUCACCAUUACAGAAAGCACUGAGCUAGGCUGAAACACCUGCAUUUUAAAGCUGCCUUACUCAAGAAAGCAAAAAUGAGACCCAUGUUUGUAUGCGGCUUUAUUAACUCAAUGAUUUAAUUUGAAUUUUAUAUUGUUUGAAAGAUAUGUAACACGUAUUAAUACCAAAAUAACGUGCAAAACAGACAACAGGAGGGGCUCAAAACAGGUGGGGCUCUACCCUGAAUGAUGGGUCGCCACUGGGUGUGGAUAAAAUAGUUAUAAAUAUAUACUGUAAAUAGUAAUAUAAAAGUAUUAUAUAUAAAUGUGUAUCUCCUGACACUGUUUUGUAAGCCCCUAUAUGGGGCCGAACACACAGGACUGUGAAAAAUGUUGUGGACAUAUUUUGGGAAAAUAAACACAUUUUCUGUUGCACCAA